CUUAAUUAACAAACCACACUUGGUGUGUUGCCGAACAUUAGCUUCUAGAAUUAUACGAUCUUCUCAACCUUAGUAAUGGCUAAUCCACCUUCUCAGCCGCCAAGACACUCUAAGAUACUUCGAUACAUUGCUAUAGUAUUGCUAGUCCUGAUUGUCUUGGUGGGUCUAGCUGUGCUCAUCACUUGGCUAAUUAUUAAGCCCAAGCGAUUUGUUUACACUAUUGAAGAAGGUUCAAUCAAAAACUACAACUUAACCAAAAACCACCUCAAUUCCACCUUUGAAUUUGCCUUAAGAUCCUAUAAUCCCAACUCUAAAAUCUCUAUAUACUAUGAUUCAAUCGAAGCGUCGGUGGAAUAUGACGAUCAAACCAUAGCGUUCGAGGUGGUUGAUCCUUUCUUUCAACCUCAUCGAAAUGUGACGCGUUUGGAUUUGAAGCUCACAUCUCAAUAUGUGCCACUAUCGGGGUCGAAUUCUAAGGACAUUGCGCUCGAGAGGUCAUCAGGGGAGAUAGAAAUAGCAGUUAUGUUGAAGGCAAGGAUAAGAUAUAAGGUGGGAAUGUGGAAAUCUAAAGAUCGUAUUUUGAUUAUUUGGUGCUCUCCCGUUCGGGUUCGCUUCUCUAGGCCCAAUAAUUUCGAAAGGACAUACUGUGAUACAGAACUUUGAGCAUUAUUGUGGUUUCUAUUACUAUGUUUAUUUCUAUAUUGUUUUGUGAAAUGGUUUUCCAUGAUUGCCAUGAAGUCAUGCUUAAAAUUUAUAUGUUUUUUAAUUUCAUCCUGGAUGUGUGUGUGUGUGAACAUUGUUGCAGAUUUGAAUUAGAAGAUUUCGAAUGAAAGGUGACAAUUUCUCUAGGAUUUUUUACA